AGUUGUCCUGCUGUUCGGUGCAUAUUGUGAUACUCAUCUUUAUGCCCUCGCUGCGAGAAUCCGUUCCUGUCUGCCAUUGACUGGUUUGCAUCGCUCGCUUCAUCUCUGGAGGAAAUAUCUGCGCCCCUGUGUGUGCCUUGACAAUCCUGGGGGAACCAACAUUGCGCAUGCGACACCCCGCAAUGCUACGCGCCUGACCACGACCGCUAUCUGCAGUGCCUCCAGCUUCUGAAGAAGUAAAUCCAACUAUUCUCUAUCCACUAUGUCUGAAUCUCCGCCACCAUCGCCUCAAUGGAGCAUCACAACGAUGGCCGGGAACGCUAUCCAGUUCCUGCGCCUUCCCGUCCUCGCGUCCUCCGGUCUUGCAGUGAUCGCUAGCAGUCUGCUAUAUUUCAAACAAAAUGAAUUGAUCUAUCCACGAACUGUCCCCGUCGAUGCUCGCACCAACGUCCCCAAGCCAUCUGCAUUCGAUAUCUCCGAUUACGAGGAUCUCCAGAUCCCUACUCCCGACGGCGAGUCCUUGCAUGCGCUCUUCAUCCGUCCAUCCCGGAAAGAGCGGAGCCAAAAUGUGACUAUACUAAUGUUCCAUGGGAACGCCGGAAAUAUCGGGCAUCGAAUUCCCAUCGCCAAAGUUCUGACGCGCACAUUGAACUGCAAUGUGUUCAUGCUGGAGUAUCGGGGCUACGGGCUGUCGACUGGAACUCCAGAUGAGAAGGGCCUCAAUACCGAUGCACAGACCGCGCUCGAUUAUCUACGCCAUCGAGCCGAGACGAGAGAUACGAAGAUUGUAGUGUACGGACAGAGUCUAGGCGGUGCUGUGGCGAUUAAUCUUGUUGCAAAGAACCAACAGAAGGGAGUGAUUGCCGGACUCAUUUUAGAGAACACUUUUCUUUGCAUUCGCAAACUCAUUCCUUCUGUGUUCCCGCCUGCCCGCUAUCUUGCACGCCUUUGUCACCAAUACUGGGGCAGCGAGGAUGUGCUACCCAAAAUCGAAAAGAUCCCGAUCCUUUUCCUCUCUGGACUCAAGGAUGAACUGGUUCCCCCCGCACAUAUGUCGCAACUAUACGCAGUGUGCAAAUCGUCUACAAAAAUUUGGCGCGAGCUGCCCAAUGGCGGCCACAACGACAGUGUCGCCGAGCCGAAUUAUUUUGAUUACGUCAAAUCCUUCGUGAUUGACGAGGUUCUUGACUAGGCUAGAUUCACUGAUUUUUAUAUACCUACACCUACCUAUACAUAAGAGAUACCCCUUCAAGACCCUGCGAAAGACAAACUAUCGAGACCAAGUUUUGGGAUGUCUGAUCUUCUCUAGGGGCUCGACUUCAUUCAUUCCAUAUCAUUUCAUUGGAAUUACUUUUUAUACUUUCUUCGUGUUUAUGUACAUAUUGAUAUGGUCGUUAAUGAGAUUUGAUGUUUUUAUUAUUCGU